UGCACUAUUAAUUUCUCUAUUAGCUAGGGUCAAGCUAGCACUGCCUGCAUAUACACCACAUCGAUAUUACUAUCAAGGGAGAUUUUCAAGUGAGGAACAAUGCGGCAAUUGCUCCACGGGACACUUUUUGUAACUAUUUAUGAAAUUGGUAGGAGAUCAGACAAUGGAUGCAGCUUCAAAUUAUGCCAAAAGGCUACACAAAAGUCUGGUAAAAGGUUUCUAGCCCAAGUCAAGAGAGUUGUGUGCCGGUCUGAGAUCUUUGGGUCCGAACUCUAUGCAACAGUUGAUUUAGAUAAGGCUAGGGUUGGGCGGACCAGAAAGAUAGAAAAUGGACCCAUGAAACCCAAGUGGCUCGAGUCUUUUCGCAUAUACUGUGCCCAUUAUAUCUCAAAUGUUGUAUUCACUGUCAAAGAAACUAACCCUGUGGGGGCGACUCUAAUCGGAAGGGCCUAUGUACCUGUUGAGGAUGUCAUAAGAGAAUCUAUCUUCGAGAGCUGGGUUGACAUAUUGGAUGAAGACCAUAAGCCUAGAAGUUCCAAACUCCAUGUCAGGUUACAGUUUGUUAAUAUUAACAAGGACAAUAAUUGGUCUCAAGGAAUCCAAUCUCCCCAUUUUCAGGGAGUUCCUCACACAUUCUUCCGUCAAAGACAGGGUUGCAAAGUAACUCUAUACCAAGAUGCCCAUGUCCCAUCUAACUAUUUCCCUCCUAUAAUUCUGUCUGGAGGAGAGCUUUAUAAGCAUCAGAGAUGCUGGGAGGACAUCUUUGACGCAAUCAGUAACGCAAGACACCUAAUUUACAUAACUGGAUGGUCUGUGCAUACUAAGAUAACCUUGAUAAGGGAUAACCAGGCAAGAGUAGAAAAAGGAGAUGGAAUUACAUUAGGAGAGCUGCUUAAGAUGAAGGCUAAUGAAGGUGUCACAGUUCUCAUGCUUGUUUGGGAUGACAGAACUUCUGUUAAGGAAGUGAAGAAGGAUGGUUUGAUGGCAACUCAUGACCAAGAAACUGCAGAAUACUUUCGAAACACAAACGUGCGUUGCUAUUUGUGCCCUCGCAAUCCUGAUGAUGGGAAAAGCAUAGUUCAGAGGUUUGAGAUUUCUGCCAUGUUUACUCACCAUCAGAAGACAAUAGUUGUUGACAAAAAAGGGGGUGUUGAAGGAUCAGAAAAGCGGAGGAUUGUGAGUUUCGUUGGUGGUAUUGAUCUUUGUGACGGGAGAUACGAUACACCAAAACAUCCAUUGUUUGCUACUUUGAGCACAAUCCACCAUGAUGAUUUCCAUCAGCCCAACUUUACAGGCGCUUCAAUCAAGAAGGGUGGGCCAAGGGAGCCUUGGCAUGACAUUCAUUGCCAGCUAGAAGGGCCUGUUGCUUGGGAUGUCUUAUACAAUUUUGAACAGAGGUGGAGAAGGCAGGUUGGGGAGCAGUUUCUGAUUCCGACAACCAUGUUUGAUGAAAUUGUAAUCCUUCCAUCAAGUACAGACUGUACAGUUACAUCAUCAAAUGACGUGGAAACAUGGAACGUUCAGAUCUUCCGAUCUAUUGAUGGUGGUGCAGUUGUGGGGUUUCCUGAAAACCCUAAGGAUGCGGAUGCAGUAGGCCUUGUUACUGGGAAAGAUAACAUCUUUGACCGAAGCAUUCAGGAUGCUUAUAUCAAAGCUAUUCGGCGAGCCAAAAACUUCAUCUACAUUGAGAAUCAGUAUUUCAUAGGGAGCUCGUUUGGGUGGAAAUCAAAUAAUAUAGUGGUUGAGGAUAUUGGUGCUUUGCAUCUCAUACCAAAGGAGCUCUCACUAAAGAUUAUUAGUAAGAUUGAAGCAAAGGAGAGGUUCACUGUGUACAUCUUAAUCCCAAUGUGGCCAGAAGGUAUACCUGAGAGUGCUUCUGUUCAGGCAAUAUUAGAUUGGCAGAGGAGGACAAUGGAAAUGAUGUAUUCUGAUAUUGCUCAAGCCCUUCAAAGAAAUGGUCUUAAUGCCGACCCCCAUGAGUAUCUGAAUUUCUACUGCCUUGGGAAUCGGGAGGCAAACAAAUUUGAUGAAUACGUGCCCACAGAGACCCCAGAACCAGACAGUGAUUACAGUAGAGCUCAGCAGGCCCGUCGCUUCAUGAUAUAUGUUCAUGCAAAGAUGAUGAUAGUUGAUGAUGAAUACAUAAUCAUUGGAUCUGCGAACAUUAACCAGAGAUCAAUGGAUGGAGCAAGGGACACAGAGAUUGCGAUGGGUGCAUUCCAACCACAACAUUUAGCCACCGACCAACAAGCCGCCAUGGGUCAGAUCCAUGGGUUCCGAAUGGCAUUAUGGGUUGAGCACCUUGGAGGGUAUAGCCCGAAAUUGCUACAUCCACAAAGCAAAGCAUGCUUGGAGACGGUGAAUGACACUGCUGAGGCGAACUGGAAAUUAUACUCGCAAGAGAUAUUCAAGGAAGAUCAUAUGUUGGGUCACCUGCUACCCUACCCAAUCCAAGUAAGCCGCAAUGGAGAGAUUACAACACUCCCAGGGUUUGAGUUCUUCCCGGACACCAAGGCUCCUGUUCUGGGUACCAAAUCCGACUACCUCAUUCCAAUGCUUACCACCUAGAAUCACAAAUAUGUAAUUCUCAAUAUUCCAUUUAGUAUAAUGGAAUAAGAUACAAAUUAAUAUUACCCAUAUAAUUAUUUAAAUAUUUUUAGAGAUAUUUGGAUUUUUUUUUUAAAAAAAAAAAAAAUAGACAACGGCUAAGUACUA